AUGGGUAAAAUCUCAGGGAUUGAUGGAAAAGUGUCUGGUCAUAUGAAUGGAUCUGAGAGACGAGAAAAACAAGAGUUCUUGAGAGGUCCUAAUGUUUGUGGAUCUCGAUUAAACACUUACUGUUGUCCAGGCUGGAAGAAGCUGCCGGUGGGGAAUCUCUGUGUCGUGCCUAUAUGCCAGAACAGCUGUGGUGAUGGUUUCUGUUCCCGACCCAACAUGUGUACCUGUCCCAACGGUCAGAUCGCCUCAACCUGUGCCACCAAAUCACUCCAGAGUUGCUCCAUCAGGUGUCUGAACGGAGGAUUGUGUAAAGAUGACCGCUGUCAGUGUUUAAAGGGAUACACGGGAACCUUCUGUGGACAACCGGUCUGUGAGAAGAAGUGUCAAAAUGGUGGACGCUGUGUUGAGCCAAACCGCUGUGCAUGUGUGUAUGGAUUUACUGGACCACAAUGUGAGAGAGAUUACCGAACAGCCCCGUGCUUUAUCCAAGUGCUUAACAGGAAGUGUGCGGGUCAGAGCAGUGCUUUUGUGUGCAGUAAGACUCUGUGCUGUGGCACUGUGGGCCGGGCGUGGGGUCAUUCAUGUGAGCUGUGCCCACUUCUCAGCUCGCCCUGCAGCAGAGGAUUCACCCCAAACACACGCACAGGAGUUUGCCAAGAUGUUGAUGAAUGUAAGUAUAUACCUGAUCUGUGUAAAGGAGGCAGAUGUAUAAAUACAGCAGGAUCGUAUCAGUGCAGAUGUACACUGGGAUAUCAUCAUGAUAUGACUUCACUCAUGUGUCAGGAUGUGGAUGAAUGUUCCAGUGUUGAUCAUGGUGUAUGUGAUGGAGGAUACUGCAUUAAUACUCCAGGCAGUUACUCAUGUGUGUGUCCUUCUGGAUAUCUUCUGUCUACAGACCGGACACGCUGCCUUGAUCCACAUGCAGGCAUCUGCUUCACGUCUGUGGUUCAUGGACGUUGUGUUCAGGAGCUGAGUGGACGCUUCAGUCGAACCCAAUGCUGCUGUGACCACGGCCGCUGCUGGAGUCAUGAGAAAUGUCCUGUACCAGGAUCAGAUGAAUACUUCAGAAUGUGUCUGGUGGGGUCUGCUCUCACGGGAUAUAAUGAAGAAGAUACUGAUACGAAUCUUCAUUCGUUGGACAAUGAACAAAACACACCUCAGGUUCAUGAGAUUCCUCAAGUUCUCCAUCAUGAACAGAGACCAGAGCAACAUUUCUGUGAGCAAAACUUCACACAUCAAAAAACUUUUACUGAUAUGAAUGAGACAGUGAACAGAUGCCGUCUUUUUCCUAACCUGUGUCUGAAUGGACACUGUGUACCUGUGGGUUCAAACUACCGCUGUGACUGUAACAUUGGACACAGAGAAAACCACAGGGGAGAAUGUUCAGAUGUGGAUGAGUGUGCAUCUGAUCCCUGUAGUAAUGGAAACUGUGUGAACACACUGGGCUCUUAUCAUUGCACCUGUCACGUCGGCUACAUCAGAGCUCCAGACAAACACAUCUGCAUUGACAAUGAUGAGUGUCUUCAGAAUGCAGUGCUUUGUAAGAACGGACGCUGUGUGAACACAGAAGGGAGUUUUCAAUGCAUCUGUAAUGCAGGAUUCAAUCUCUCACCUGAUGAGAGAAGCUGUGUGGAUCAUGAUGAAUGUGCCAGCGCAAACAUGUGUCUGAAUGGCAUGUGCAUCAAUGAAGACGGCAGCUUUAAGUGUUUGUGUAAGCCUGGGUUUACCCUUAACUUCAAUGGACAAUACUGUACAGAUAUGGAUGAGUGUCAGACUCCAGGUGUGUGUAUAAACGGACGCUGUGUGAACACUGAAGGCUCUUUCAGGUGUGAUUGUUCUGCAGGUCUUACUGUAGGACUAGAUGGACGCACAUGUGUAGACACACACGUGCGCAGCAGCUGUUAUGGAGCUAUUAAAAGAGGUUUGUGUUUUCGACCCUUGCAGCGAGCUGUUACUAAAUCCCAGUGUUGUUGUGCCAGCCCUGAAUAUGCCUUCGGUGAGCCGUGCCAUCCCUGCCCUGCCAGAAACUCAGCUGAGUUUCAGGCAUUGUGUGCGGCUGGUGUUGGAUUUUCUGCUGAUGGAACAGACAUUAAUGAGUGUAUUCUGGAUCCUGAUGUCUGCUCUAAUGGACGGUGUGAAAAUCUCAGAGGAAGCUUUCGCUGUGUUUGUAACAUAGGAUAUGAAAGCGAUCCGAAUGGAAAGAGCUGUCUGGAUAUUGAUGAAUGUGUUGUGAACCAUCGUCUGUGUGAUAACGGUCUUUGCCGAAAUGUUCCUGGCAGUUAUAGCUGCUCUUGUCCCUCUGGGUUCACCUUCAGACAUGAUACAGAGACGUGUGAGGAUGUGAAUGAGUGUGUGAGGUCUCCAUGUGUUAACGGCGUUUGUAAGAACAGUGCUGGAUCUUUCACCUGUCAGUGCUCACUGGGAAGUAAACUGGACUCAACAGGACUCAUAUGUGUCGACACUAUGAAGGGCUCUUGCUGGUUAACUCUCCAGGACGGUCAUUGUGAAGUCAAUGUUAAUGCAGACACGCUGAGAUCUGAAUGUUGUGCUACACUGGGAUCGGCCUGGGGCAGUCCAUGUGAACCAUGCCAAACGGAUCCUGUAUGUGAAAAAGGAUUUGCUCGACCAAAAGGCUCCAUAUGUGAAGAUGUGAAUGAGUGUGAAGUGUUUCCUGGUGUGUGUCGUGAUGGUUAUUGUAUAAACACCCGAGGAUCUUUUGAGUGUCGGUGUUCUGAUGGUUUGGUGUUAGAUGUCACAGGACGUCUCUGUGUGGACAUUCGUUCAGAGUCCUGUUACAUGACAUAUGAUGAAGACGUGUGUACACAGCCGGUCCCUGGACGUUUUCGUAUGGAUGUGUGUUGUUGUACUGUGGGUUUGGCCUGGGGUAAAGACUGUGAGUUAUGUCCAGAGCCCGGCUCAAACCGGUAUAGCGUUCUGUGUCCGAGAGGACCGGGAUUCGCUAACAAAGGGGAAGUGCUCACCAACAGACCUGUCUAUAAAGACAUCAAUGAGUGUAAAGUGUUUAGCAGCAUCUGUACUUAUGGAAAAUGCCGGAAUACCGUGGGAAGCUUCCGAUGUCGUUGUGACAGUGGGUUUGCGCUGGAUAUGAAUGAACGAAACUGCACGGAUAUUGAUGAGUGUAUUAUUUCCCCUGAUGUGUGCGCUCAUGGGACGUGUGUGAACACACUGGGCAGUUUUCAAUGUGAAUGUUUUCCCGGCUAUGAGAGUGGAUUUAUGAUGAUGAAGAACUGCGUAGAUAUUGAUGAAUGUGAGCGAGACCCUUCACUCUGCAGUGGAGGUGUUUGUGAAAACACUGAUGGUGGCUUUCAGUGUUUGUGUCCAGCUGGUCUUCAUCUGUCUGGAGAUGGCAGCUUCUGUGAAGAUGUGAAUGAGUGUGAGUCCAAUCCAACACUGUGUCAUAAUGGGAGAUGUGUAAAUAUAAUGGGGACGUACCAGUGUACCUGUAGCUCCGGUUACCAAACAACACCUGACAGAAAAGAUUGCACAGAUAUAGAUGAGUGUACUAUAGAGAACGGAGGAUGUGAGCUGUACUGCAGUAAUACAGAGGGAAGUUAUCUCUGCAGCUGCAGUCAGGGUUACGUACUGACCCCAGAUCAGCGCACAUGUGCAGAUGUGAAUGAAUGUGAAGAAGAUGUUGAUAUCUGUGAAGGUGGUCAGUGUGUUAAUGUUCCUGGAGAAUAUCACUGUCUGUGUUAUGAAGGAUUUAUGGCAUCUGUGGACAUGAAGACGUGUGUCGAUGUGAAUGAGUGUGAAGUCAAGCCUAACAUCUGUGUGUUUGGGGAGUGUGAGAACAUCAAGGGCUCUUUCGUCUGUCAUUGUGAGAUGGGUUACUCGGUAAAGAAAGGAACCUCGGGUUGCACUGAUGUUGAUGAGUGUGAGAUGAACGCUCAUGACUGUGAUACACACGCUUCAUGUGUUAACACUAAAGGACAUUACUACUGCUCCUGUAUAGACGGAUGGUCAGGUGAUGGGCUCAGAUGUGCUGAUAUAGAUGAGUGCAUGGAGAGAUCAGACGUCUGCAGUCCAGAUGCUGAAUGUGUGAACACUGUUGGCUCGUACUUCUGUCAGUGUUCACAUGGUUUCACUGGAGAUGGAUUCACCUGCUCAGAUAUGGACGAGUGUGCAGAUGAUGUAGAUCUUUGUGAAAAUGGUCAGUGUCUGAAUGUUCCUGGUGGAUAUCGCUGUGAAUGUGAGAUCGGCUUUACACACACUCCUAACAGCAGAACAUGUCGAGAUAUAGACGAGUGCUCUUUUAAAAACAUCUGUGUGUUCGGCACAUGUCAGAAUAUCCCGGGAAUGUUUCGCUGUAUCUGUGAUGAUGGAUAUGAGCUGGACAGCACAGGUGGAAACUGCACAGAUGUGGAUGAGUGUGUGGAUCCUCUCAGAUGUGUUAAUGGUCAUUGUAAGAACACAGCCGGUUCAUUUCAGUGUAUCUGUCCCACUCACUUUCAGCUUAACCCCACUGGAGUCGGCUGUGUUGACACACGAGCUGAGAGCUGUUUUCUGGAUGCGGCAUCUCAUAGACGCAGCGGGUUGAUGUGCAAUAGUGAGGUGGGAUUUGGAGUCAGACGUUCGUCGUGUUGUUGUUCUUUGGGACGAGCGUGGGGGAAACCCUGUGAUCUCUGUCCUCGACUCAACACCUCGGAGUAUAACUCACUUUGUCCUGGAGGAGAAGGAUUCCGACCAAACCCCAUCAGUAUCAUCCUGGAAGACAUUGAUGAAUGUCUUGAGCUGCCCGGUCUGUGUCAGGGUGGAGACUGUAUCAAUACAUUUGGCAGUUUUCAUUGUGACUGUCCAAGUGGAUUCUCCCUUAACCCAGACACUCGCUUCUGUGAGGACAUUGAUGAGUGUUUGAUCAGGCCUGAGGUUUGUGGUCUAGGCACCUGCUACAAUACAUUGGGCAACUACACAUGUGUCUGUCCACAGGACUACAUACAAGUGAAUGGAGGAAACAGCUGCAUGGAUAUGAGGAAGAGUUUGUGCUAUCGUGAAUAUAAAUCCUCCACCUGUAAACACCAGCUUACCUUUAACACCACACAGAGACUCUGCUGCUGUGCCUACAAUGUGGGCAAAGCAUGGAGUAAACCAUGCCAGUCUUGCCCGAUUCCUGGCACAGGUAGCUUUCGAAGUCUUUGUGGUGGUGUGACUGGUUUCAAGAUUGACAUUGAAACAGGAAAACCAAAAGAUAUUGAUGAAUGUCGUGAAAUCCCUGGCAUCUGUGCUCAUGGUUUGUGUAUCAAUCAUAUCGGCAGUUUCCGCUGUGAAUGUCCCACAGGCUUCAAUUACAAUGACCUGCUGAUCACCUGUGAAGACAUUGAUGAAUGCAGCAGUCUGGGUCGUGUAUGUCAGAGAUAUGCAGACUGCAUCAACAGUCCAGGCAGUUACCAGUGUGAAUGUUCUGAUGGAUAUAUCCUCUCACCAAACGGAGCCUGCACUGAUCGUAAUGAGUGUGUGGAAACACCCGGUGUGUGUCAUCAUGGAGAUUGUGUGGACCUUCCAGGAGGAUAUGAAUGUGUUUGUCACAACGGCUUCAUGGUAACACCAAACGGCAGGAUGUGUACAGAUGUGGAUGAGUGUCUACAACAGCCGUGUGGAAACGGCACAUGUAAAAACUCUGUGGGGUCAUUUAACUGUAUCUGCCAUCCUGGAUUUCAGCUCACCCAUAAUACCUACUGUACAGAUAUUGAUGAGUGUGAAGUGUUUCAUGGAGAGCUGUGCAGACACGGUCAGUGUGUUAAUAAUAUGGGAUCCUUCAAGUGUCACUGUAAAGACGGUUAUGAACUUACUUCUGAUGACAAGAACUGUAGAGAUAUUAAUGAGUGUCUAAAGAGUCCAGGGACAUGUGCUCCAGGAUCAUGUCUGAAUCUGGAUGGAUCUUUCACAUGUGUCUGUCCUGAAGGUUUUAUUACCCACAACCAUCUGUGUGUAGAUGUAAACGAGUGUUUAGAGGACUCGUCUGUUUGUCUGUAUGGGUCUUGCUUUAACACUUUAGGAAGUUUUGAAUGUGUUUGUAAACCUGGAUUUUUGCUGUCAGAAGAUAAACGUCACUGUUACGACACUAGAGAGAGUUUCUGUUUCACAAACUUUGAGAAGGGCAGAUGUUCAGUACCGCAAGCCUUUAACAGCAGCAAAGCUAAGUGCUGCUGCAGCAUCAUGACUAAAGAGGGCUGGGGUGACCCAUGUGAGCUCUGUCCUAAAGAACAGGAUGCUGGAUUUCUGGGCCUGUGUCCGUUUGGUCAUGGCAUCAUUCCUGGGGUCGGUGACACACGUAUUGACAUAAAUGAGUGUGUGGAGAACCCUGAGGUGUGUGUGAAUGGUCACUGUAUUAACACGGAUGGAUCUUUCCGCUGUGAAUGUCCUGCGGGAUACACACUCGACUACACAGGAACAAGCUGUGACGAUAUGGAUGAAUGUUCGUUGGGAAACCCGUGUGGAAACGGCACAUGCUCAAAUGUGUUUGGAGGAUUCGAGUGUCUCUGUGAGGAAGGAUUUGAGCCUGGACCAAUGAUGAGCUGUGAAGAUGUGAAUGAAUGCGCUCAGAAUCCUUUGCUCUGUGCGUUUCGCUGCAUUAAUACUUUUGGCUCGUACGAAUGCAGCUGUCCAUCCGGAUACACACUGAGAGAAGACAGACGCAUGUGUCAAGAUGUAGAUGAGUGUACAGAAGAUCUUCAUGACUGUGACUCCAGAGAAAUGAAGUGUAAAAAUUUAAUCGGCACCUUCAUGUGUGUUUGUCCUGUGGGAAUGGUCCGCAGAACGAAUGAUGAGGUGUGUCAAGAUGAAAAUGAAUGUCUUACUCAACCCGGGGUCUGUGAAAAUGGCAGAUGUGUUAACACUGUCGGCAGCUACACGUGUGAAUGCAACACUGGGUUCAAACCUGACACUACUGCGACUCAAUGCCUCGACUACAGGCAAGGGUUUUGUUUCACUGACGUUCUCCACAAGAUGUGUCAGAUGUCAUCCAGGAGUUUCACACCUGUCAGCAGAUCUCAGUGUUGUUGUGAUGGAGGUCAGGGAUGGGGAAACCAGUGUGAACUCUGUCCUCUGCCUGAUACCAGCAGCUAUAAGAGACUCUGUCCGUAUGGAGCGGGCUAUACUACAGACGGAGCAGAUAUUGAUGAAUGUAAAGUCAUUCCUGAUGUUUGUGUGAAUGGCAGAUGUAUGAACAUGAUGGGCUCAUACAGAUGUCUCUGUAAACCAGGAUUCAUCUCAUCUACUGCAGGGACUGCGUGUGUUGAUGUGGAUGAAUGCGGGAUGUCCCCAAAACCAUGUAACUUCAUAUGUCAGAACACAGAAGGCAGCUACAUGUGUUCAUGUCCGCGCGGUUAUACGCUUCAGGACGACAGCAGGACGUGUCGAGAUGUGGAUGAGUGUACGAACAAACCACACAGCUGUCAGUUUACAUGUGUCAACACCAUCGGUGGAUUUACCUGUAAAUGUCCACCAGGAUUUACACAACACCACACAACCUGUAGAGAUAUAAAUGAGUGUACGUCUGAUACCGGUGUAUGUGGCCCAAAAGGCGUCUGCAAGAAUACAGCUGGCGGCUUCAACUGUGAGUGUCCAAAGGGUUUCUUUCUGGACUCCACCGGCCUCAACUGUCAAGAUAUAGAUGAGUGUGUCGGGGAUCACACGUGUAAGUUUGGUUGUCAGAAUAUUGCCGGUAGUUUCCGCUGCAGAUGUCCACCGGGUUACACACAACACCAGCAGUGGAAUCAGUGUGUGGAUGAAAAUGAAUGCUCGAGCCAGAGUCACUGCGGCUCAGUGUCCUGUUUCAAUACAUUGGGCAGUUUUAGAUGCGUCUGUCCCGCUGGAUUCAGUUUUGAUCCCGUGUCUCUCAGCUGUGAGGAUAUGAACGAGUGCGAUUCCCACUCAAACCCCUGCAGAUAUGGCUGUACAAACACUGAAGGUGGAUUCAUGUGUGAAUGCCCCGCGGGUUACCACAGAGCAGGACACGGACAUUGUGUCUCGGCCACUGGUUUGGGACGGGCCAGGUCUGGAAUCGGAGCGCAGGAGGAAAAGCGUUCUUCUGAAUUCUGUUAUAACUGCAGAAGAACUGAAGAGCUGAAGAGAAGUGUGAGGAGGAGACGAUCCUCAAACAUCACACUGACAGAAUGGAAUGAAGCUCAUCUGCCCGCUGUGGAUGUGAAUCAGCCGCUGAAUUUACAGCUCAAACACAGUCAGGUGAACAGCGGUGAGGCCAUACUGAAACUGAUGCCCGCUGUCAAACAUCUCAAGCAGAAGAUGAUGUACAACAUCACAGCUGGUAACCACCACAGACUCUUCCAGAUCAGACAGCGAUCAGACAUCAGUUAUCUAUACAUCACACAUCAGAUCUCAUCCUCUGACAAACACUACAGAUUACAGAUCAGAUCCAUCGCUCCAGAUCUUCUCAUGACCGUUCACAUUACACUACACUAGAGAUACAGAUCUCAAUACAUGAAGUGACUCAGGUUUAUAACACACUAAUGUGAACUGUCAUCUCAUUGAGACAUGUUUACGUAGUGUCUUCCAGGAACAACUGUAUCGCUUUUUGUUUAACCAUAAAUAAUUUUGAGUGUUUUGACCCUUCAGUUUAAGUAGCAACAUUUGUGUAUUAAUAUAAACACCAGUUUUUAUUUAUAUUUAUAUACAGAUGGCAUUACAAUGACUUUAAAUGAACAAAACAACACAGUGUCUGUCUAUAUGACUGCUAUACUGCUUCUCUUGAUGUGCAGAUUUAUUCUUUAAAUGUUUCCGUUUUAAUGUCUAAUAUUUAACCUGAAAAAUUAAAUGAAACGUCUUAAAUCUUCACAGAUGAUGUUUUUAUUUCUUUAUAUGCAUAUAUGGGCAGUUAAGAGAGAACUGACACUGACUUAAAAAUAAUCUUUUAGAAGAAAUCAGAUUUGAACCCCUUAGCAUUCCUGAAAAAGGCUAAAAAAUGCCUUACAAAUUGUACCUGCUGUGUUGAUUGUAUCUUAAAACGGUUUACAUCAUUUGAAUCACAAGAA